AUGAAGAAAGCAACCCUCUUGUUCCUCCCUUUAUCCUUCCCCGUCGGUCUGGGAAUUCCCCUUCCGACCCUCCUCAGCUCCACCUCACCCACCGAAAUCAAAAUCAAUCAUAAUCACAUCCUCGAAAACACCAUAAUCAACAACCAUGACCAAUAUCAUUAUCAACAUCAACAACGGCCCCUAUCUCAUUCAGAUUCUCAGCCGUCUCCCCCUCCCCCUCCCCCCUCAGGACCCUCACCGAAAACCACAACCACAAUAACCAUUACGAAACCCCCACCGUCUCCACCCUCGCCUUCCAAAGAGGAUGGAAAAGAAGGAGAGGAAUCCCCGUGGAAAUGGAACCUGUCCGACGGUACGACGCCACCAGAGUUACUACCGCAGUUAGGCUCAGGGACCACGGCCGAAUCCGAGCCGUCAGAGCCAGAACCAGACUCGGGCUCUGAAUCAGAACUUGGAACAGGGGCCGUUCCAUCCACCAGUUCAAGUACCAGUACCACCGAUUCCAUUAUCAAUGAGAAUGUCAAAAUCAAUGAGAUCCACGAAGACGACGAUACCGAAUUCGGAGAAGACAGUCACACCCCGACCCAGCUCCAGAACCAGAACCACAACCAGGACCAGGACCAGGAUCAAAUGGGACACGGCAGAUUUCUCCCUCCCCCUACCCACAAUAAUAUCAAUAAUCUAAAUCAUCCCACGCCCUCGUCCCCAUCUGAGUCCCAGACACCCGACGCAGACCCAGACCCAGAAUCCGACUCCCCUACGAAAGAAGAGACAGAGACCAUCCCCGUUCGAAAAACCUACUUCCGCCCUCUCCGACACGCGGACGUUAACGUCUCCACGAGGUCAAAUGCCCUUCUCAACGCGCACGCAGACCGCAUCGCCGUCGUGGGCGUGCUGGUGCUUGUUCCCGUGUCUGUGCUUGUGGUGUGGAUGGGAGAGUUUCUGUCGAGGGUGUGGGAGGAGAGGAUGAGAGGGCGGAGGAGGUCUAGAUCUAGAUCUUUAUCUAGAGGUAGAGGAAGAGGUAGUGUUUGGUUGGGCUAG